CCCCCCUGACUGACCUCAUUUCCCGGUGGUGGUCCGUCCACUUCCCCCCUUCCUCCCACCUCCGCUCCUCUCUCCCAUGGCCGCCGCCGCCGCCGCCGCCGCCUCUCGCGCCGCCCGACGAGUCCUCUCCCCGCGUCUUCUCACCGCCUCGCGCCAUCUCCACGCAAGUGCCUCCGAAGGAUCGGCGAGGGAGGCGUCCACGACCUUCAUCCACCCCGCCGCCAUCGUCCACCCCGACGCCGCCAUCGGCCAGGGCGUCUCAAUCGGCCCAUUUUGCACUGUGGGCGCUUCGGCAAGGAUUGGUGAUGCUUGUCAGUUACACACCGGGAGCCAUGUCAUGGGACAUACCGAGCUAGGAGAGGGAUGUGUUGUUCUCAAUGGUGCUAUCCUUGGUGCAGAUCUCCCUGGACGAACAAUUAUUGGGGAAAACAAUGUGAUCGGGAACUAUGCCGUGGUUGGCGUUAAGUGCCAAGAUCUCAAAUAUAAGUCAGGAGAGGAAUGCUUUCUGCACAUCGGUAACAACAACGAGAUCAGAGAGUACUGCUCUAUUCACCGCUCUUCUAAAGCGUGUGACUGCACGGUUAUUGGUGACAGCAAUCUUAUAAUGGGGUCCUGCCAUAUAGCACAUGAUUGCAAGAUUGGUAACAAUAACAUCUUUGCCAAUAAUACUCUGUUCGGUGGCCAUGUUGUUGUUGAAGACUACACUCAUACUGCUGGGGCUGUUGUUGUCCAUCAAUUUUGUCAUAUUGGGUCAUUCUCAUUUCUAGGCGGAGGCUCUGUGGUUGCGCAAGAUGUUCCUAGAUACAUGAUGGUUGCAGGUGAUAGAGCAGAGCUUCGUGGUCUGAAUCUUGAAGGUCUUAGGCGCAACGGUUUGUCAGACCAAGAGGUACGAAGUCUGAGGAAAGCUUAUCGGAAAGUAUUCAUGCCAGCUAGUAGUUGCCAGAGUAGUUUUGAAGAUCGACUCACUGAACUGGCACGGGAAAUUGAGCUAUUAGAAUCUCCCUCUGUAUCCUGUAUGGUGGAAUCAAUUCGCACAUCAUUUGAGCAAGGACGUCGUGGAAUAUGCAAGUUCAGAAGUUGGAACAUCUCAUAAGCAUGAACCCGUAUUAUUCAGUGGAUUGUUCGGAUCCAACUUCUUUUAUUACUGUAAACGGGACACAUGGAUACGCCAUACAGACAGUAAAUGACCAAAUGCCAGCCAAUCAUAUCAAACAUGGGUUGUCGUCAAGAUGAUUUUCACACCAAUUAUAGGGAAGCUGUGUGUAGUUAUAGGGAAGCUGUGCGUAGUUAUAGUGUUCUUACCUCUUGGUUGUACAAAUCCUUGUAAUAGAACUACUUAGUAUACACUACAAUUUUUGACAGGGCUUCGAUUUUGUCCAGAGAUGUCUCUGGAUCUCAUGCUCUAAGCUGUAAGACCCAAAUGAUGUUACAUACUCCCUCCGGUCUGAAUAAAUUGACAUGAGCUGUGAAGAGCUAGUAGCCUAGGUACGUGUAUAUACCGCGUCGACUAAAUAAGACCAGAUGGAGUACUUAUUGCAUUGAUGCUAUUUGUAUCUGCCGUGAGCCUUUCAGCCAUAGUCCGUGCUGGUUUUGAAAUAAGGCAGCUCUAAACGACUGAUGUACUAUGAGCAGAGAAGGCAGUUCAAGUCUUGCAGUGCAU